CAGCUUUGCAGCAUGCAGUUCAAAAAUGGAAGCUGCUCCAUGAUUAGAUAUUGAUGCGAUCAGCGAUCCUCUAAUAAUCUGACUUGUGCCUAUUUGGAUUUACAGGAGUUAACGUGCAUUCAGAAUUUUGGGGUAGUACUCUUAGUUAACCAUAUAUCGGCACGUAAAUAAUAUAUGGAGAAAUCUGAUCAAUCAGUGGAGACCUCUGACCAACCAAUUAAGCCAGCAAAUUCUACUUCAGAGGACCUCGAAGACGACGACAGCUGUAUCACGGAGGCACUUGGGAAUCUGUAUGGUAUCUGUCUAGCGUGGAUUUUGCCAAUAGAACCAUUGAACCCGAUGUUCCUUUGCUUGGCAAGUAUUAUUCAUAUGUUGCUAGAUCCUUUGUUCUUGUAUGUUCCUCUAAUCAACGAGGAUAUCAAGUGUGUUACGGUAGACAACAGAUUGAAGAUAGCAGCUCUUGUAUUGCGAUCAGUUUCAGACCUUCGUUACCUAGUCAGAAUAAUUGUUCGUAUUAAGGAUGGAGAGCGAGGUUUCCAGUCCCUUAAGAAAAUAGCAAAGAGCACUGCAGUUGACACCGUCUCUCUUCUUCCUAUUCCACAAGUAGUAGUUUUAAGUUUCCUUCCAAAUAUGAGGGGUUUCGGCUCUUUGAAGAUAAUGAAGUUUCUCAACUCACUUAUUGUAUUGCAAUAUCUUGCUCGAGCUUAUCCCUUGUACCGAAUGUGUAAGGCCGGAAAUGGUGAACGUAAAAAUCCAAAGAGAUUGCGAUACAAAAGGUUUAUGAUUAUAUUAAAUCUGUCGGCGUUCCUUCUUGCUAGUCAUGUACUUGGAGCAUUUUGGUAUCUUUUCUCUAUCCAACGAGAGAUAGAUUGUUGGGGAUAUGCUGGUAGAUCUGAUAACAGGAGUGACUUUAGUACUUUUUGUGAUGAAAGUGGCUUAAAAAAUGUCACACUUAUACACAUUCUCUGCCCUAUAAAUCCGCCGGAUGCUACAAAAUUUGAUUUUGGCAUAUUUCUUUAUGCUUUACAAUCCGGGAUGCAAGGAUCAACAAACUUUCCACAAAAGCUAUUUCAAUGUUUCUCAUGGGGCUUACGAAAUUUGAGUUCCUUUGCUUCGAACCUUAACGGCAGUACUUAUGGAUGGGAAAACUUAUUUGUGGUCUUUAUCUCUAUAAGUGGCUUGGUACUAUUUAUGUAUCUUCUUGGAAUUGUGCAGACAUAUAUGCAGGGAACAGACAUUUCAGAUAGUAUUCGAGAGAAGACAGACACCAUAAAACUCAUGUUACUUGAAUAUGCCCUCCCUAAGGAAAUGGAAUCAAAAGUGAAGCUAGUGGUUAAAGCAAGACUUGAAAAUGAUGAAGAUCUUGUUGUAGAGAAUAUGUUUUCGAUUCUGUCCAAUAUGUUUUCGAAUCUGUCCUCAGAUUAUUAUGAAGUAGCUACGGACAUCAAAUCCAGUCUCUUCAUGGAUAAGCUCAAGAAAGUCGACGGGCUUCAAGAUAAGGAUGAAGUUUACAGAGAAAUCUGUAAGUAUCUUGAGCCAAUGAUCUACAAGAAGGGACGCUACAUUAUUCGAGAGGGAGAGCCACUUGACAUGAUGUUCUUCGUCACAUGGGGCACUGUACUCACAUAUGCAACUAAUAAAAAUGGAGGAUCAAAUGGUUCUUCAGGCACUAUCCAACAACUUAAGAAAGACGGACAUGAUUUGUACGGAGAAGGGCUUAUCACUUGGGCAGAAGGACCUUGCGAAUUGUCCAACUUACCAAUCUCUGACAUAACUGUCAAGUGCCACGACAAAGCUGAAGUCUUUGCUCUCCAAGCCAAAAAUUUGAAGUUUAUUGCCUCUAAAUUCCCGAGUCAAUUCAACAUGGACAGCAGUCUCACCAUAGCUGUCGAUAAUGGAACUGUGAACUAAUUUACUUCUCUCAUUCAUGUAAAUGGUUUGUAUUUUAUUAAAUUUCCGGAUGUACGUGUAUGUUUUGCU